AUGUCGGAUGGCCACGUCACAUUUCGGUGUGAGCUGGUAUCCGACUUCCCGAUGGCGCUAUAUGGCGUGAAAGUAACGCUGUGGUACAACGAUUACCUGAGCAAGGAGAAGUACCAACGGUAUUACAGCAGAUGCAAGGAGGAGAGAGAUAUAGUGGAAAGGCAGACUGUCGAGGCCCUCGACACUGGGAAGUCGGAACUGUUCGAAGAGCUGGCUACGGCAGUGCACGAGGCGUCGGAAGCAAUCGAGAACUUCGAGCAAGAGGCGCAGAAACUGGCGUUGUCUACUCGGAGCGGUGCUACCGAAAGCACCCAGCAGGAAACAUGGGCAGCCGACACGUGGGCUGCGUUUCCCGAACAGGAUGAAGGCGAGGUUGAAGACCUGGCCACCCACCACGCAAACAAAAUUGCAGACCGUCCGGAUGCAGCUGCGAGCGCGGGUUGGCCCAGCAAACCCACAACCCAACCCGACAAGCUGGUAUCGUCGGUGAUGAGCCACCAAAGGAACGCAAGUUUCGAGGGAUCCCUAUCAUUACGGGAGUCAAAACCGAAGGCGAAUAUAUCAUCUGAUCAUGCGGGAAACAGGGUAGACAUUGACCACUGGGGUGCAACACAACCAGCCCACAGGGCCAUCAAAAAUGAGCAUACGGCAGGUGGAUAUGUGGGCGAUGAUUACGACCUGUGCAACUACGAAACAACGGGGUCAUCGUAUCGGGAUUAUUUUGAUGGCAAGCAUAUAGGUUCGUACGUUCCAGGAUUUGGCAAAGAAGCCUAUGGUACCGAGGAACCAUGCGUGUACAAGGAGGAGCCGACGGCUGGUGCUACUGAACACCGAAGGGUCGAUAAAAAACACGGCAUACGAUCACAGUACACGGCCGACGGCCUGGAUGGUGAAAACGGUACCGAGGGGACAUCACGUCAACGUGUCCCGGAUGCUGCCGACAAGGAAUUCACGCAGAUGGCAUACGGCACCAAUCGCCGUAGGACGUCGAUACAUGAGCAUUUCGAGGAUAGUUACAAUAUAACACACGAAUCGCAACGUGCCCCGGCACCUAGCCACCACGAGUCGCCUUACGCCACGUACUGCGACCUUUUAGAAAGGUGCAUCGCCAUAUCGGACGGAUACGACCUGGCCAGGCAGUUGAAGCAGCUCACCCUGUCGGAUAAAAUAGCGCUGUGUAGGAGUAUACUGGAGGGCGGAGACAAAGCGGCAACUAAAGCGGAUGUCCCACCUCCCCAGAAAAUUAAAAGCGCAACGAAGCCCCUGCACGUGGACGUAACGUCUAUGAUCACGCGGGCCGCAGAGGAUGAACGCGGCAGAGACUGGGAAGUGCCUGAGCCACUCUGGAGAGUGCAGGACGACGGAGGGAUCUCGUCGUACCUUGGCAACUACAUUGUGAAUGGGGGGCACCUAUUCGAGGGGAUCCACUUCACUGCAUACCUCAGCAUGAGGCCAUUCAGGGACUCCACGCAGGUGGAGGUGAGCACUGAGGUGGUACGCAAAUUGCAAAACAUGGAUAUUUACACUGCGUUGCGCGGGCCGGGCGCCGACGCGGUGCGCAUUGUCGCCAGAAGCGCAACAACACUCACGUUCAUUUGCGAACCGGAGACCUGGACUCACACCCUGCCCUCGCUUGCAGUCAGCAUCGUGGAGUCCGACGGCACGAACCGGGAGGUGCUCGUCAAGCUGCCCAUCGGGCCUUUCAGCUUCUUCGAGCCCGCUGACAUACCGGCCAAGAAAAUCGAACGGAUCAUCGAGAACAACGCGAAGGUCGGAUUCUACACCAUACACAAGGCAUUCGUGUCGAGGACGAAGUUGCACAUGCACGACCUGCUGGCCGCCAUGGAGAAGUACUUCGCCAUCACCAAAACCAAUACCAGGCAGACGCUGGCGGCAGUCGACCUCAACGGUCAGGUGCUGGUUGCCACGCUGCGCAAUCGCGGCGACGCUGUGUUGCUCGACGUGUGGAGCCCCAACGUGAAAACGCUCGAUAGCGCCUGCACGUACAUCAAGGAAAUCGCGGCGGCGCUGGGCGCAGACACGGAUCCGAAGCUAGCCCUGCGGUCGCUGCGCACUAUGAGCGUGUUCCCACUGGAGUUCGAGCAGAUAACCCGAAGCAACCCGUCGAGCGCGCGAUCGAGGCCGGCGGCUGGCGGCGGCGGCUCUCGCACUGGCGGAGUCGCAAGACCGAACAUCCCCGGCGCGUUCUCGGGUGGCGCGGCGCCAGCCUAA